AUGUACGAUAGAAAUGAGCUAUGCCAAUUAUGCACAAUCGUUUUAUUAACUUUUAAGAAUUGUUACAAUUCCGCUGCCAGACCUGUUAUCAACGUCUAUACCGAAGCCGGUAACACCGUUGCCUCCACCGUCCCUCUUCCUGCCGUCUUCAAGGCCCCUAUUCGUCCUGAUAUCGUCAACUUUGUUCACACCAACAUGGCCAAGAACAAGCGUCAACCUUAUGCUGUCUCUUCUAAGGCUGGUGAACAAACCUCUGCUGAAUCUUGGGGUACUGGUCGUGCUGUUGCCCGUAUUCCUCGUGUUAACGGUUCUGGUACCCACCGUGCCGGUCAAGCCGCUUUCGGUAACAUGUGUCGUGGUGGUCGUAUGUUCGCUCCUACCAAGACUUGGAGAAAGUGGAACGUCAAGCUUAACUUGAACCAAAAGCGUUUCGCCACUGCCUCUGCUUUGGCCGCUUCUGCUCUUCCUUCUUUGGUCAUGGCUCGUGGUCACCGUAUUGAAAAGAUUGAAGAAGUUCCUCUUGUUGUUUCCGAUAACAUCGAAAAGUUGACCAAGACUAAGGAAGCCGUUGCCCUCUUGAAGGCUAUCAAUGCUUAUACUGAUGUCGUUAAGGUCUCCAACUCUCGUAAGCUCCGUGCUGGUCAAGGUAAGCUCCGUAACCGUCGCCACAGACAACGCCGUGGUCCUCUUGUGAUCUACAACGAAGAUAACGGUAUCGUUAAGGCUUUCCGCAACUUGCCUGGUCUUGAAUUGGUUAACGUUCGUCGUCUUAACCUCUUGCAAUUGGCUCCUGGUGGUCAUCUCGGUCGUUUCAUCAUCUGGACUCAAUCCGCUUUUGCUCUUCUUGAUGAACUCUAUGGUACCUACGAAACCCCUGCUACCUUGAAGAAGAACUAUGUCUUGCCCGAUAACAUCAUGACCAACCCCGAUGUUGCUCGUCUCAUCAACUCUGAUGAAAUUCAAUCUGUCGUUCGUCCCGCUGGUAACAAGCACCACAAGCGUCCCUUCACUCAAAAGAAGAACCCUCUCAAGAACCAAGGUGUCAUGAACCGUCUUAACCCUUACGCUCAAGUCCUCCGUCGUGCUGAGCUCAUCAAGGCUGAGAAGAUUGCUGCUGGUAAGGUUACCAAGACCCAAAAGAAGAAGUCUGGUGCUUCCACUGCUGCUUCUAAGAAGUUCUUGGAAGUCCUCCACUCUGCUUAAGAACUGCGUUUGAAGGUUUUUUUAUAUUAAAUAAUUAAUAAUAAUUAAAAGUGGGUGAACAUUCAUUUUUGUUUAUUU